AUGGCAACGCAGAAAAAGACUUCGUCCAUAGCUGUGGAUGGCCAGAAUGGCCAGAAUGGCCACAACGGCCACGCCACCAAUGGACACACAAUCGGUUCAAAUGCUCAGAAACGACAGCCAUUGCCAAAGUACCCAAAGCCUUCCAAGACCAAUAGCCAGGGGAGCCCAUCGCAUCUUUCCGGGAUUUUGCAACUCAGAGCCGCAUCGCGCAGACCAUUGCCGACGGAGAUGGGAGAUGGCACCUACCGGUUCAUCAAAAGCCGACCGUCUCUUCUCAAAGACUUGCGAAGCAUGACUUGGUCUGAUUUCAAAACGAUCAAAGCGAUUGUUGCUGCCAAGUUGAAGCGGGAGACACAGACAAACGACAAGACCAUGCUCAUGGAAAAAACAAUCCAGCUCGUUGCCGGUCUACCCGACUAUUCUAGACGUCAAGAGCUGUUGACAAACGAUUUUAUUGACAAGUUGUGGUAUUCAUUGGACCAUCCUCCGCUACUCUACAUGGGAGAUCAGUAUCGGUUCCGCCAGCCCGAUGGCUCGAAUAACAACCCUCUUUUGCCUCGUUUGGGAGCAGCCGGCACCGCCUACUCCAGGACCUGCAAACCGCGUGGAAUGGGUCUUGGUGCUUUGCCUGCCCCCGACACCAUCUUUGAGUCCAUCAUGGCACGAAAUGAGUUUCAAAAGAAUCCAAACAAUGUUUCGAGUAUUCUGUGGUACUGGGCGACAAUCAUCAUUCAUGACUUGUUCAACUCCAGCUCCGCCGACGGCAAUAUCAACAACAAUUCGUCCUAUCUUGAUCUCUCUCCACUAUAUGGAAACAGCCAGGCAGCACAAGAUUCCAUCCGGACCUUUAAAGAUGGAAGAUUGAAGCCAGAUGCUUUUGCCGACAAACGCAUGCUGGGCAACCCCCCCGGUGUCUGCAUUCUUCUCAUCAUGUUUAAUCGAUUCCACAACCACAUUGCAGCCAACUUGGCUGCCAUUAAUGAGGGCAAUCGAUUCCCGCAGCCUACUGCAGAUCUUCCUCCCGAACAAGCCGCUGCAGCGUGGAAAAAGUACGACGAGGAGUUGUUCCAGACUGCACGUCUGGUAACAUCCGGUCUCUACAUCAACAUCACCCUCAUUGACUAUGUGCGAAACAUUGUCAACUUGAACCGUGUUGAUACAACUUGGACGCUUGAUCCAAGACAGGAAAUGGGAGUCGCAGUCGGGACGCAAGAAGGAUCGCACAGUGGUGUUGGAAACUCUGUGUCUGCCGAGUUCAAUCUUUGCUAUAGGUGGCACUCGUGCAUUUCCCAGAAAGACGAAGAAUGGAUGCAGGAUUUCUUUACUGGGCUACUGGGUGACAGCGACCGAGAACUCGAUUUUGCGGCACUGAUGACGGCCAUGAAGAAGUUUGAAAUGACGUUGCCCCAAGACCCUGGAGAGUGCACCUUUGGCAAAUUCACUCGAGGUGCAGACGGCCGCUUCAACGAUGACGAGCUGAUGGAGGCUCUGACUGCGGCCAUUGAGGAACCUGGUGGCGCAUUUGGAGCACGGAAUGUGCCGAGGAUAAUGAAGCCGAUUGAGGCGCUGGGUAUCAUUCGUGGCCGUAAAUGGCACGUGGCGAGUCUGAACGAGUUUCGCAAGCAAUUUGGCCUCAAGGCCUAUGAUACAUUCGAGGACAUUAAUUCCGAUCCUUAUGUCGCUGACCAGCUGCGCCAUCUGUACCAGCAUCCGGACAAUGUGGAACUCUACCCGGGCAUCGUCGCCGAAGAAGCCAAAGCGCCCAUGGCACCUGGAGUCGGAAUCGCCCCGACAUAUACGAUUUCUCGAGUAGUCUUGUCCGAUGCUGUAUCGCUCGUCAGAGGAGACAGACACUACACGACCGACUACCACACAGGCUCCUUGACAAACUGGGGUUUCAACGAGGCCAACUAUGACCUGAGCGUCAACCAUGGAUGCGUCUUUUACAAGCUAUUCAUUAGAGCUUUCCCAAACCACUUUAGGGAGAAUUCGGUGUAUGCUCACUAUCCCAUGGUGACACCAGCAGAGAACCGCAAAAUCCUUGCCAAUCUGGGACGAGCUGACUGGUUCAACUUUGACCGCCCAAGCUACGUGCCGGAAAAGAUUGACAUUAUUUCCCAUACCGCCUUUAAACACGUUUUGGGCAAUGAUGCCACGUACCAUCCGGACUGGAAACAGGGCCUGGGCUACUUGAUGAAUGAGCGCAGCCUCGAAACCAUGCUGGCAGGCGGGCCAGAUUUACACGCCAUACAGCGCAGCUCUGUCGGUGCCUCAUUAUUUGGACAAGAGUGGAAAUCGGCCGUCAAGCAAUUUUACAACAAUAUGAGCGAAAGAUUAAUGGCGCAGCAUUCGUACCAAAUUGCAGGGCAGACACAAAUCGACAUUGUUCGCGACGUCGGCAACUUGGUGCACACACAUUUCGUUGCUCGCGUGUUCAACCUGCCGCUCAAGACAAAGGACCACCGAAAGGGAGUCUUUUCCGAACAGGAACUCUUCAAGUUUUUGACCAUGAUCUAUGUCUGCAUCUUCCUGGACUAUGAUCCUGUCAAGUCCUUUCCGCUGCGCCGGGCGGCCAAGGCAGCGUCCGCGCAGUUGGGCGCUCUCAUUGAGGCCAACGUCAAGCUGGGACUUUUAUUCGGCAUGCGCGGCCUGUAUGUGAAGAAGUUUAAAAAUGACGUGCUGGCGCAAUACGGCCACCAACUUGUCCAAGCCUUGGCCAAGACGGGGCUAAACGCCCAUGAGAUUGCGUGGAGUCAAAUAUUGCCGACGGCUGGCGCCAUGGUGCCAAACCAAGCACAGAUGUUUGCACAAUCUGUUGAUUGGUAUCUAUCCGAACAAGGUGAACCCCACCGAGCCGAGAUUGAGCGCAUCGCCGCCCAAGAAACGACCGACGCCUCUGACGCCUUGCUCUUGGGCUAUGCCAUGGAAGGCGUGCGCAUGGCUGGAACCUUUACGCUGUAUCGAAACGUGGCGGCUCCAGAUACGCUGAAUGAUGACGCAGGCAGGCCGUUCCCUGUCCAGCAUGGCGAAAAAGUCUUUGUCUCUGUAACGCCAGCGACGAGAGACGGCGGACUCCCUCAUCCCGAGAGGGUUGAUCCCAAGCGCCCAUUGGACUCGUACGUGCAGCACGGCUUGGGCCCCGAGCUCUGUCUUGGACGCGAGGUGGCGCAGACUGCCUUGAUUGCCCUUUUCAGGACUGUUUUCCGCAAGAAGAAUCUGCGCAGAGUUCCAGGGCUGCAGGGUGAACUGAAGAGACUGGCCAAGCCGGAUGGCAGUCACGGAUUCAUGACGGAAGAUUGGGGCACGAUUUGGCCGUUUCCAACAAGCAUGAAGCUAAUGUGGGAUGAAGAGUAA